AUGGCCGACGACGAGGAGAAUACCGGCCCGCCGUACUUCAGCCCUGACGUCGUGCUCGAGAUCCUGGUACGGCUCCCUCCAAGCGCCCGGCGCCGGUGCCGCUUCGUGUGCCAGAGCUGGCGCGACGCCGUGGACACGCACACGACGGAGAUGCAGAGCCGCGCCAAGCCUCUCGUCGCCACGACGGGUCUCGCGUACGUCGUCGACGACCUGUCGCCGCCGGCGAGGAGCAGGCUGCUGUGGAAAGACGGCGUGGCUCACCGGGAAGAAGGCACGAGCGUAGUCGGCACAUGCAACGGCCUGAUAUGCCUGUGCGACAACCGCGAAUCCGGCGGCGCCAUCGCUCUGAUCAACCCGGCCACCGACGAGACGCUGGCCAUCCCGCCGCUGCCGUGCGCGCCAGGGACGGACGCAUGCUGCUGGCACGAGACGUACAGCUUCGCCUACCACCCGACGACGGGCCGCUACAAUGUCGUUCAUGUCCCGUGCUACUACGACAGCGCCCGGGUUUUUCGCUUGGUGCAGGUGUUCACGCUCGGGGAGGCGUCGUGGCGGGACGUCGUCACGCCGCCGGCUGCGAUAUGCAACCGGAGCGCCGGCGUCGUCAGCGUCGACGGCGCCACUUACUGGGUGGUGAACGGCACCAAGAAGAUCUUGCGCUUGGACCUUGGAGAUGAGCGUGUCACGUCAGUUCAGCCGAUACCUAGUGUGCCGUCCGGAUGUAGCAGCAGCUGGCACCUGAUGGAGGUGCAUGGCAAGCUGGGCAUUGCCUUUCCCCAAUCUUCACAUGUGCCUGAUAGUAACACCGAGGUGUGGGCUCUAGAGGUUGUGACGGCUGGAGAACACAGGUGGAGUCGCAUGCACACCGUGCAGCUGAAGCAGAAUCUCGCUCUCACACGGCCGCACUUCUUCCACGGCGAGGCUUUCCUGACACAGGGGUUCGCGCAUGACGUGUACGACAGGCCGGCUUACGUCGUGUACGAACACAGUCCGAGUGAGGAUACCAGGAAGCGGCAACGCGGCGAGGAAGACGAUAUCAUUGACAUACGCCUUGGAAAGAUGAUUGCUUGUACUACCACAUCCGGCCGCUCGUGUGACCGCCGGACCUUCACCUACGUCGGGACAUCGGAGCCAUUGGCUUCUUACAUGCCUUCCUUGCUCCCAAACAUAGAGUGA